AUGUCAAAGGCUAAUGAUGAUAAACAGCAGGCUGCAAAUCCUCAGCGAAUGAGCAGCCAAAUGCAAGCUGUUGUUCGACUUCUUGCUGGGCAAGAAGAACGAACGAUUGCUCAAAAGCUGGCAGACAGCAACCGCCCAACAUGGGAACAAUACAAGAAAGAUAAUCAUGAACAUCUAAACCUUGAUGGGCUUGACCAGAAGGAGAUGGAAGAUUAUCGCCAAAAGCUCGACUCCGAACGGGAGAAAAAAUUGUCUCGAGGUCGAAACCAUUCCGCAAAAAAAAGUCAGAGAGACGACGAUAGCUCCGACGGUGAUAUAGAUGACAAUCAUUCUCGCCAUCGUCACAGAAAGAAGAAGAAGAAGAGAAAGCGUAGACGCAGACAUCGUGAUGAUAGUUCGUUUUCUUCGGACAGUAAGGAUGAGAGCAGUGAGGGGAGACGCCGAAAGCAAAGACGCAAGCACAAGAAACGUACGAGGUCCAAAAAGAAAGCAUCGCGAAAAAAGGAUGCAGACAGUGAUGAAAGUGAUGGAAGCCAUUACAGACUCUCCAAAUUCUUUGAUCAGGGAGGAUCCGAUAACGAACGGAAAUGA